AUGAUCUACCCAAAGCACAUCCCCGCAGAAAAGCAGCUGGCUGUGGGCCAGGAGGUGUUUGGGCUGCUCCCGGGACUCAUGAUGUACGCCACCAUUUGGCUCCGCGAGCACAACCGCGUCUGUGACCUUCUCAAGCAGAUUCACCCCACCUGGGAUGAUGAGCAGCUGUUCCAGACCGCAAGGCUCAUUCUUAUUGGUGAGACCAUCAAAUCGUCAUUGAGGGACUAUGUCCAGCAUCUGAGUGGCUACUUCCUACAGCUGAAGUUCGACCCAGAACUCCUCUUUGGAGUUCAGUUCCAGUACCGGAACCGCAUUGCCGUGGAAUUCAACCAGCUCUACCACUGGCAUCCACUGAUGCCAGAUACCUUCAAGAUCCAGGAUCAAGAGUACAGCUACAACCUUGUCUACAACACCACUAUGCUGAUGGACUAUGGAGUGGAGGCCCUUGUAGAUGCCUUCUCCAGGCAGCAAGCUGGGCAGAUUGGUGGGGUACCGAACAUCCACAAGCAGCUUCUUAAAGUGGCCAUUGGAGUCAUUGAGGAGUCAAGGCUGCUGCGCCUCCAGUCCUUCAACGAAUACCGGAAGAGGUUUGGCAUGAAGCCCUACACCUCCUUCCAGGAGCUGACAGGUGAAGAAGAAACUGCUGCCAAACUGGAGGCCCUGUACAGAGACAUUGACGCCCUUGAGUUCUACCCAGGUCUGCUGGUGGAGAAGAGCCAGCACAACUCAAUUUUCGGCGAGAGCAUGGUGGAGAUCGGGGCCCCAUUCUCCUUGAAGGGUCUUUUUGGGAACCCCAUUUGCUCCCCAGAGUACUGGAAGCCUAGCACCUUUGGUGGUGAUGCUGGCUUCCAGCUGGUGAACACAGCCUCACUCCAGAAACUGGUGUGCCUCAAUGUCAAGAGGUGUCCCUAUGUGGCCUUCCGGGUUCCCGGCGGUGGAGAGGAUGCCGUUGUGCUUGCAAAGGAGAAGGGGCCAUUGGAUGAGCUCUAGGACCGCAGCGGGGGCAGAGGGCAGGGGCUGCUCCUUGGCUUGGCUGUCGUCCAGCCAGUGGCAGGCGGCAAGGAGUGGUGGUAGACUAUGGCUGGCUGGUGGGGAGGAAUGGAGAGAACGGAACAGCAUCCCUGCUCAUCACAUACCUGGAAAUGUAUUGUGGAGGGUUAGGUUCAGAGAGGAGAAUUAAAAGUACAGUUUACUGGGAGAAAUGAAAAGCCUUUUGUGGUCUGCCUGUCCUCUGCCCAGUCGGCUUCCUCUUUCCUUCCCAUCUUCUCCUUCCAAGGUCAUUUUGGCCCAUCACACGCAGCAGUAAAACACGUAUUACAGGGACAUUGUUGGGUGCCAAGACCUUUCGCCUUAUGACACAUAGCCCAAAUCACCUGCUCCUCCUGCUUUCAACUUUGAUUUUUAUUUUCUUUACUUUGCUUUCUAUGAGGGCUGGGCACUGUUGGGGAGCUCCUCAGCCACCUGUCCUGUUAAUGUCCCAGUUGUCUAGGCAUAAAAACCAGCACAACACAUUAUAUGCAGAUUUAUGUCUGCUUCAUCAUAUGCCAUGGGUUCCAAUUGUAUCUUUCACCCCCUGGAGCCAGUUCCCAAACAUGAUUCCCUAAAAUCUCUAGAGGAAAAUAUAGAAUUGCAGAACCAUGAAGUCGUAAGGGACUCCAAAGGUCAUGUCGUCCCUUGCAAUGCAGGAACAUCAGUAAAGCAUGCAAGACAGAAGGCCAUCCACCCUCUGCUUCAAAAUCUCCAAGGAAGGAAAGUCCACAACCUCUCGUGGGAGACCAUUCCACUGUCAA